CUCGGCUCCGCCUCGGGACGCGCAGGCAGUGACCGGGCUUGCUGGAUCCGCCCCUCCCUCCACUCCCGUCUCACCGUGGCUGAGUGAGCGAGAGGCCCGGGCUCGGAAAGCGGAGCCCCGGCUAAGGUAGCGGUGCGCCGACACGGGCGCAGCAUCCUCGCUCCCGAGACGCGCGAACGCACAGGAGGAGGUCGAGGGGUGCUGGGUCCUGGUUGCUGCUGGAGCUCCAAGGUGACCGAGCAUGGCAGAGAGGAUGUGACCUGCAUCUGCCCUUGUCUGCCCUCCCAGUGGCACCACCAUGCAGAAACCCAGUGGCCUGAAGCCCCCUGGCCGUGGGGGGAAGCACUCCAGUCCAGUGGGUAGGCCGUCCACUGGCUCUGUUUCGUCCUCUGUGGCGGCAGUGUCCAGCGGCUGCAAGGAAGGGUCCCCCCUGCACAAGCAGACAUCAGGACCCUCCUCCACUGGAACCACCACUGCCGUCCCCGAGAAGCUGGGCUCAAAGACAGCUGAAGUGGGUGAUGAUUUCCUGGGGGACUUCGUGGUGGGAGAGAGAGUGUGGGUAAAUGGCAUCAAACCUGGUGUGGUGCAGUAUCUGGGAGAGACACAGUUUGCACCAGGCCAGUGGGCCGGUGUGGUCCUGGAUGAUCCGGUGGGCAAAAAUGAUGGAGCUGUAGGUGGUGUACGCUACUUCGAGUGCCCAGCCCUGCAGGGCAUCUUCACUCGGCCCUCCAAGCUGACCCGACAGCCCACAGCUGAGGGCUCAGGCAGCGAUGCCCACUCGGUGGAAUCCCUCACUGCCCAGAACCUGUCCUUGCAUUCAGGUACUGCCACACCCCCACUCACCAGCCGGGUCAUCCCCCUGCGGGAGAGCGUUCUUAACAGCUCUGUGAAGACUGGCAACGAGUCUGGCUCCAACUUAUCUGACAGCGGCUCAGUGAAGCGGGGUGACAAGGACCUGCGUUUGGGAGAUCGUGUGCUGGUCGGUGGGACGAAGACCGGUGUGGUACGCUACGUGGGGGAGACAGACUUUGCCAAAGGCGAGUGGUGUGGUGUGGAACUGGAUGAACCCCUUGGAAAGAAUGAUGGGGCAGUGGCAGGCACCAGGUACUUCCAGUGCCCACCCAAGUUUGGUCUCUUCGCACCAAUCCACAAGGUCAUCCGCAUUGGCUUCCCAUCCACUAGCCCAGCCAAGGCCAAGAAGAACAAGCGUAUGGCCAUGGGUGUCUCAGCCCUGACCCACAGCCCCAGCAGUUCCUCCAUCAGCUCUGUCAGCUCUGUGGCCUCCUCGGUUGGGGGCCGGCCCAGCCGUAGUGGCCUGCUCACAGAGACAUCUUCUCGCUAUGCCCGGAAGAUCUCAGGCACCACAGCCCUGCAGGAGGCACUGAAGGAGAAACAGCAACACAUUGAACAGCUGCUGGCUGAGAGGGACCUGGAACGGGCUGAGGUAGCCAAGGCCACCAGCCACAUCUGCGAGGUGGAGAAAGAGAUUGCGCUGCUGAAGGCCCAGCACGAGCAGUAUGUUGCAGAAGCAGAGGAGAAGCUGCAGCGGGCACGAUUGCUGGUGGAGAAUGUGAGGAAAGAGAAAGUGGACCUGUCCAACCAGCUGGAGGAGGAAAGGAGGAAGGUGGAGGACCUGCAGUUCCGAGUGGAGGAAGAAUCCAUCACCAAAGGAGACUUGGAGACCCAGACCCAGCUGGAGCACGCGCGCAUUGGUGAGCUGGAACAGAGCCUGCUACAGGAGAAAGCGCAGGCCGAGCGGCUGCUCAGAGAAUUAGCGGAUAACAGGCUAACCACAGUGGCCGAGAAGUCUCGGGUGCUGCAGCUGGAAGAGGAGCUGACCCUGCGGCGGGGGGAGAUUGAAGAGUUGCAGCAGUGUUUGCUGCACUCAGGCCCACCACCCCCGGACCACCCCGAGGCUGCUGAGACCCUGCGGCUGCGAGAACGGCUGCUGUCAGCCAGCAAGGAACAGCGUAGAGACAGCACCCUGCUCCGCGACAAAUACGAGAAGGCACUGAAGGCCUACCAGGCCGAGGUGGACAAGCUCCGGGCGGCCAACGAGAAGUACGCACAGGAAGUGGCGGACCUCAAGGCCAAGGUCCAGCAGGCCACCAGCGAGAACAUGGGACUUAUGGACAACUGGAAAUCCAAGCUGGACUCGCUGGCCUCCGAUCACCAGAAGUCUCUGGAGGAUCUGAAGGCCACGCUAAACUCGGGUCCAGGUGCCCAGCAGAAAGAAAUUGGGGAACUGAAGGCUCUGGUAGAGGGUCUCAAGAUGGAACACCAGCUGGAGCUAGGCAACCUGCGUGCCAGGCAUGACCUGGAAACUGCCAUGCACGGCAAGGAGAAGGAGGGCCUGAGGCAGAAGCUUCAGGAAGCCCAGGAGGAGCUGUCUGGGUUGCAGCAGCACUGGCAAGCCCAGCUGGAGGCACAGGCUGGUCAGCACCAGCUGGAACUUCAAGAAGCCCAGGACCAAUGUCGUGAUGCCCAGCUGCGAGUGCAAGAGUUGGAGGGUCUGGACGUGGAGUACCGUGGCCAGGCCCAGGCCAUUGAGUUUCUUAAAGAGCAGAUCUCACUGGCUGAAAAGAAGAUGCUGGACUAUGAGGCUCUGCAGAGGGCGGAAGCCCAGAGCAAGCAGGAGGCAGAUCGCCUGCGGGACAAGCUUCUGGUGGCUGAGAACAGACUCCAAGCUGUAGAGUCCUUGUGCUCUGCCCAGCACAGUCAUGUGAUCGAGCCCAAUGACCUUUCUGAGGAGAAGAUUCGGAUGAAGGAGACAGUGGAGGGCCUACAGGACAAGCUGAACAAGAGGGACAAAGAGGUGACAGCCUUGACGUCCCAGAUGGAGACGCUCAGGGCCCAAGUAAGUGCCCUGGAGAACAAGUGCAAGUCAGGAGAGAAGAAGAUGGACUCGCUCUUGAAGGAGAAGCGGCGCUUGGAGGCGGAACUGGAGGCUGUGUCCCGGAAGACCCAUGAUGCCUCUGGCCAGCUAGUCCACAUCAGUCAGGAACUGCUACGGAAAGAGCGGAGUCUGAAUGAGCUGAGGGUGUUGCUGCUAGAGGCCAACCGCCACUCCCCUGGACCGGAGAGGGACCUAAGCCGUGAGGUGCACAAAGCCGAAUGGCGGAUAAAGGAACAGAAACUAAAGGAUGACAUACGAGGCUUGCGAGAAAAGCUGACAGGCCUGGACAAGGAGAAGUCCACGUCAGAGCAGAGACGCUACUCCCUCAUCGACCCCGCCUCUGCACCUGAGUUACUGCGGCUGCAGCACCAGCUAGUGAGCACUGAAGACGCACUUCGGGAUGCAUUGGACCAGGCCCAGCAGGUGGAGAGGCUGGUGGAGGCCCUGAGGGGCUGCUCGGACAGGGCCCAGACCAUCAGCAAUUCCGGUUCUGCCAACGGCAUCCACCAGCCAGACAAGGCCCACAAACAGGAGGAUAAACACUGACCCAGAGGGACACCGUGGACCAUCCCGGUUCACACUACAUACAGCCCACCAGGCUCCCAGCAGUACCACCUCCAGGCAGGAACCAAAACUCCCUCUGGAGAUGAGACUAUGUUAAUUCCACCUGAACCCCCUGCCGGACCAGGAGGUUCCCAUAAACAUGACCUUCCACAGAAUGCGGUACAGCCAGGCCUCUGAGAGACCCUCUGAGAGACCCUCUCCUGGGCUCCAAGAAGCUUCUGGAAUUUGCAGAGGCUGAUGCAAUCCAGUUGAGCCUCUCAUGGCUACAGCAAGCUGCUCUGAGGCCUGUCUGGGUGCCUCGGGUAUGCCCCUGCCUCCAUUUCCUACUGGUUUUUCCCAUGUCCCCUGUAAGGCCCCUGAGUGGUGGCGCAGGGCUGAAGUCUAGAAGUCCGGGGUCUUCUUGUCCCCACACUCUGAGCCUCGUUCAAACUUUGGUACAAGGUCUUUUGGUCAUCUCUUCCCAGGCCCAAGGAUUCAGAGGUCCUUCCCAGACACCAGGCUAGUGUGCAUUCCCACCUGACAAGCGACAGUAUUAGGCAAGCUCACAAGCCUUUCUGCUUCCCACCUUGAGCUUGAGCCAGGCCUGGCUUGGAACUUAGAACAGCCACAGGGCUCAUAAACAAAGUCCACUCAUAGUGUUUGCUGGGUGAGAAGACUCAAGCUGGCUCCCUUUGCUCCUGGGGAGUCCUGCUAUAUUACUCCAGAGACCCCAGCAUCCCACAGGGUCCGGGCCCUGCUCCUACUUUCCCAGAGCUCCAAGCCCCCUCUCCCCAGCCCAGGGUGGAACCACAGUGCGUGGCCCAUGUCCCCAUGCAUAGGACAGGUGUGUAAGUCAUAGGAAGGAAUGGCCCAGGUGGCCUCUGUGAGCAUGCCAGGCACGGGACAGGUGACACUCACGUUCUUUCCCUCAGGAGGAAGUGAGUUAGCCCAUCAACCUCCUUUGCUUCCUGUUGGCUUUUGGUAGAGCUCGCGUGCCAUUUUAACAACAGCAGUCUAGAGUCUAGAAAAUUGAUGCUUUAGCGGCCUAACUACAGAGUCAAUACUGUUCUUUCCAGCACAAUGGGGCAGCUCAUGUAUUAGGAACUAACAAACCAGAAGGGGCUGAGCCUCACCCAGGGGUGGACUUGUACCUGGUAGGUGUGCAAGAAGCCAUUUCCCCCUGCAAGCACUGGCCUUUGAAGGCCACUCAUCCUGCCCGGUGUGGCCCCCCCAGGUGUGGCUCAGCCAUGUCCCCAUCCCUCCCCACCCCCCCAUCCCCCAGUGGAAUUGUGGAAAUGUGGCAAAUCCUUCUUCAGGACAAUAAAGCUUGUGACUGAGGUGCAGGA